CCUCGUUACCGGCGCGCUGCUGUGGCGGAGUGAAACUGAGCUGACGCUGCCAUGGCGGGCAGACAGAGGGCGCUGCAGCGCAGCACCGCCUCCCUACGUCCCUCCGCCAUGGCGGCCGUGCCCCGCCACCGCCGCUUCCUAGGCGGCUUCAUCUGCGGGGCCGCGGCGGGCGCCGCCGCCUCGUGCUGGGCCGCGUGGCGGCUCCUCCGGAGCCAGAACCAAGCAGAGCCGGGCCCCGAGCGAGCCCUGCCCGAGGAACCAGUAGAAGAGUCUCUGCUGGAAAAAUACGGGUUCCCUGAAGCUGGAACAGAGACCAGAUGUUACACAAAUCAUGCGCUGUCUUAUGACCAGGCAAAACGGGUGCCUAGAUGGGUGAUCGAACAUAUUUCAAAACAGAAGAUGCUGGGCAACGCAGACCGAAGGCACUGUAAAUUCAGACCAGAUCCUAACAUCCCUCUGAUGUUCAGUGCUGUCAAUGAAGACUACCUUGGGAGUGGGUGGUCACGAGGACACAUGGCACCAGCAGGAGAUAACAAAUUUUCAACAAGAGCGAUGGCUGAAACGUUUUAUCUCUCUAACAUUGUGCCUCAGAACUAUGAAAAUAAUGCUGGAUUUUGGAACAGAAUGGAAAUGUAUUGUCGGGAAUUGACGGAAAGAUUUGAGGAUGUUUGGGUGGUUUCUGGACCUCUGACCUUGCCUCAAACAAACGAUGAUGGAAAGAAGAGUGUUACAUACCAGGACUAGACCUGUGGAAAAAGGAAAACUACAGUGAAUGUGUCUGCACUGAUUUGUUUCAGAUCUUCUGUUCAAUCAUAGUUUCUUUGUUUUUGGCUAAAGAAGUGAGGAAAUAUGUAUCCGUGGCUUUACAGGCUGGUGUUUUUCUCAUCAGACAUCUAAAAAGGUUAUUUUUAGAUCACUAUAGAGGAAAAACAGAGCAUCGGUCAUGGCAUUGUUCCCAGUUCCUGCUUGGACUCUGGUACCAUUUGCUGUUUAAUUCCAGAAAGGGAAUUAACCUUGAACUCCUUAGAUGCCAACGUUGUUCUAUCUAUUGGCUGAACUUGCUGUAUCCUCAGAUAUGUUCUGUCAUUUCAUCUGUCAUUUCAUCUGUCUCCAGCAGUGGCUUUUAUUGCGUAGAGUAGAUUGAUGACCAGGCUUGGUAUCUGAAAAAUACAUUUUUGAGAAUAUAUGUAAAAUAGAAUGCCAACAGGAAAAAUCUGUUCUGUGUCACUGCAGAGGCAGAUGCAGGUUUUUUGUCUUUGUCCAGAUCAAAUCAAAACGACAGCGUCUCAUUUGAUACAUUACUCUUCCCCAGUGACUGUCACUUCAGUGAUUUUUCUCUGUCAGCAGAUUUGGAGUUUGAAAUACAGAUUUUGCAGUAAUUCUACUGGGUCAUGCUCAACUCCUUACCCUCUUCUCCCCCUGCGCCAUCAUAGUAAACAUUAAGAAAGGUUUUGCUAUGCUUGACGAGGGAAAGUACCAUUUAUAUAACAUCUUGUUUAUUGCUUGAAGAAGACGUGUUCUUCUACUUUUUAGUGAUACCCUGAGCUCAUGUUAAUUUUCAAAAUGGAAUGACUGCUUUCCUGGGCUGGACAGGGGCUGCACAGCAGCUGUACCAGAAGGUACACUUACUUGUCAUCUAUUGCUGUAGCAAAUAAGUCCCUGGGAAACGCAGUGCUCCUCUCAAACAGAAGAUGGUACUUCAUGGUUUUCCUUAGUCAAGAAGUAGCAGAGAUUCUCUCCUAGCUGACGUAGCAUGAGAGAAGCAAUUUUUGUUAAAGGUGGAAAUAAGCCUGGGGACUGUUGCUAUUUGUUGGCUGCUCCAAAUGGGCUCAGGGCUACACAGACCCCUUUUGGAUGUAGGCCUGGUACACACAUCCCAUAAAACUUACAUUGAGAGGCCUAGAUCUUAGAUCAGCUGGUGUCAGUGACUAGAGCUCUCUCAGCCCUAAAUUUAGACAUGAUGUACAAGUGAAAAUAAUAGACACCGGGUUAAGAUGGGAGGAGCAGAGACAACAAAGGUGCAGGAUAGAUUUACGGGGUUGCUUUUAUUUAGCACCAUACCCCUCCUGAAGGUUCUUUGGUUAUAGGAAGAGUGUGGUGAUAGGGGCUGUAGUGGACUAGGUAUUAAUUCAUGUUAAGUUUAACCUAAAUGAAUUGUGUGGGAGCAGUAGUCUGUCAUCACGUAAAUAUGGCAUUGGAAUGCCUAUACACACACUCUAUUUAAACAAGAAAGAAGUGGAGAUGUCUUUUAAUGCUGUUAUUAGGCACAGCUUUUCUUUUCCUUACGAUCUCUUGUCUCUUUUUGUCCUUUCUUUUUUGAGACUGCUGAGUGAUUUGGCAGUGGCAGGCAGAGCAGCCAUAACAAGUUUUCCUGAAAUGCACACAUUUGGGGAACUUGGCUGUGAAUUUCUGUAGCAGUUUGUUAAUGUGUUUUUUUUUAUCUGUGUUUUCUGUAUUACUGGGACUGCCUUCAUACCUCUCAGUUCUUCUCAAUGCUAUCUGAUGAAGUUCCGUCGCAUAUUGGGGAAAAAACACUAUCAGCUGAAUCAGUGCUGCCUAACACAAAUCCAGAAUGAAUCAGAGCGAAGGCAGUUAAUGCUGCAGCAACAAUCAACUAAGCAGAAUUAUGCUGAUAGCAAAGGGAUUUUUUUUUAUAUUGCCUGAUAGUCAAUCUGUCUCUAUACAGAAUUUAAUAGCAAUUUUUAGUAAAGCUCCUGUUUGUCAAGCCUGAGGUGAUAUCAGGAGCAAUGAUACUCCAUCUACAGUAAAAGAUGUGAUGGGCCUGGUCAGUAUCAUGCCAUAAGUUACAGCUGAAACAAAGCAAAGCUUUAUUCAGAGAGAGCUGCAGUUUUAUUUUGGGUGACAGGAAUGAUGCCCUUGAAACAAGAAAUGUGACAGAAUCUUAAUUUUGUUAAUGGCCAGAUGCAGUGUUCUGUGGGGGAUUGGGUUUUUGCUUGCUUCCAGUCUUUGUGGUAUGGUGGCUUUGUUCUAAACUCUGGUUAUUAUGCAGAGAGGUGGGGGGGGAGAAAGUGGUUACUGGAGUGCAGGGGGAAUUUUUAGAGCUAUCACUUUAAUGCAUUUGAUGUCGGGAUGCUCUGAUGCAACGUCUCUUCCGUGUGUGCUGGCAGUUAAAUCAUGAUUGAAUGUGAUUUCUGUUUACCAGGUUCUACAGGAAUCUCAGAUAAUUGCCAAGCCAGUGCUGGCGCUCACUGAUAAAAGACAAAUCCCUUUGGCUAAUUUUCUUCGUGGCUGAUUUUCGUUCUGUAGUCACUAGGUGGCAAAAUACUACUUUGAAAUUCAUGAGUCCUUUCUUUUAAAAGAAGACAGCUGCCCAGAGUGGUAAGAAACCUGUAACAAGUGAAGUAUAAAAGGAAAAUAACUUUUAUUUUAAAAUUUCUAAUGAGAGCAACAAUUCUGCUAUUCUUAUAAAUAUUCUACUAUUACACUGUUCAUGUAAAAUGGAAUUUACUUUCCCAUAAAACCCAAACUAGGAACCGCUUGUUCCUGUCUGAUUGCCCCCAUGAAAGUGACAUUAUUUAAUGCCGUAAGCUUAAAUGAUGUCAUUGGCAAAUGGCUUCAUUUUUCAUUGUGUUGCCUUAGCACUGUGCAAAUAUCAGAUUUGUCCUUCUUCCAGUUUAAAAAGCACAUCCUACAGGCAUGAACAGUUAAAUGAUUUGCUCAAAAUUAUGCAGAAGGCCAAUCUUAGGAAGAAUCCCCAUCGACAGACUGAAGUGUGAGACUGAAUUUACCAAAGCUUACUAAAUUCUCUCUGUUCUGAGAAAUCUUGUUGCUUCUGUCUUUAUCUUUGUCAGUCCCUGUGAGCUCCUUAAGCCUGUAGAACUUCUAACCAACGUGUUCCUUGUUUUAGCAAUGUGCAAACAUCUCCGGAUGUCAGGAAUUGCACGCAUUUUAAUGGCCUAUCCUUGUGACCAUUGUCCACGCUUAAUUGGGAAUAAAACUGAGCAUAACACAUUUUUACACACUUGCAGAAUGUCAAUAAUAAAAAAGAAAGAAGUACUUUGCCAAAUAUGACAUUAUCAUAAUGUUGCAGUGUUAGAUGACAAUUCAGUGGGAGAGCUUCAGCCAGCACGAGGUCACCAGGGAAAACAAGAGCAAAGCAAAACCAAAGGGAAUGAGCAGAGCGGCUCCAAGAAGUUAUGACAAUAAACAAAUAGCAAACAAAAAAAAAAGAGAAGUAGUAUCUGAAAUCUCACUUCGGUAUCCCAAAUGGUGAUGGGGAAGGAAUAUUUUCAAAAAGAACUCAAACUAAGAGUGCAUUUUUUUUUUUUCUUGUCUUGAGGCAAAAUAAAAGAUUUAGCAAAGUUGGACGAUCAGAGGGCUGGAGCACCUCUCCUGUGAGG